AGCCAACGUUAAGCGCACACGCAGACGUUCCGCUAUACUCUGCUACAAUUUCCCCGAAGAUGGCGGCGAGCGGACGUGUUCACCUACUCUUACUGUUGAUGUCAGUGCCAUUCUGUCUGUGUACCGUUCAAGGAUUGAAAGCACCUAGCGGCAAUGGAAACGGACUCGGUAAUCCGCCAGCAAACCCUCCGGUUCCCGUUAAUAUUAUUGGAGCGCCCGGUCCAGUCAAUAACGUCCCAGUUGCUCCUGCUGUUGCGGCCAUGACGCAGCCUCGGAGGGCUACCGGGUGGAAGCUGGCCGAAGAGCAGUCCUGCCGGGACGACUUGACCCGGCUUUGUCCCAAACACACAUGGAGCAACAAUUUAGCUGUCCUGGAGUGUUUACAGGACAGAAAGGAGGAUACCGAGAUUGCUGUCGACUGCAACCAUUUGCUAUGGAACUACAAGCUGAACCUGACAAUGGAUCCCAAGUUUGAGUCUGUGGCCAUGGAGAUCUGCAAGAGUACUAUCACUGAGAUUAAGGAGUGUUCGGAGGAGGAGCGUGGUAAGGGUUACCUGGUGUCCUGCCUGGUGGAUCACCGUGGUAACAUCACAGAGUACCAGUGUCACCAGUACAUCACCAAGAUGACCUCUAUCGUCUUCUCAGACUACAGACUCAUCUGUGGCUUCAUGGACAAGUGUAGAGAGGACAUCAACACGCUACGCUGUGGAAGCAUCAACGUUGGAGAGAAGGACAUCCAUUCGCAGGGUGAGGUCAUAGCGUGUCUGGAGAAAGCCUUAGUCCGAGAGGCGGAGCAACAGGACCAGGCUCAUCCAAUCAGAGAGGAGUGUAAGAAGAGCAUCAUGCGUGUAGCGGAGCUGUCGUCAGACGACUUCCACCUGGACAGAUUCCUGUACUUCUCCUGCCGAGAGGACCGAGAACGCUUCUGUGAAAACACCCAAGCAGGAGAGGGCAAGGUCUACAAGUGUCUCUUCAGCCACAAGUUUGAGGAGGCCAUGUCUGAGAAGUGUCGAGAGGCCCUGACCACGCGUCAGAAGCUGAUAACCCAGGACUACAAGGUUAGCUACUCUCUGACCAAGGCCUGUAAGGCUGACCUCAGGAAGCACCGCUGUAACCUGGACACCAACAUGCCCCGCGCUAGAGAGGCACGACUAUCAUAUCUGCUACUAUGCCUGGAGUCUGCUGUACACAGGGGUCGUACAGUGUCUGAGGACUGCCAGGGGGAGAUGUUGGAGUACCGUAGGAUGCUGAUAGAGGAUUUCUCUCUGAGUCCAGAAAUAGUGCUCCACUGUAGAGGGGAGAUCGAGACCCACUGCUCCGGACUCCACAGGAAAGGACGUACCCUCCACUGUCUAAUGAGGGUGGGCCGGGGGGACAAGGGAAGCACAGUGGACGGACUCUGUCAGAGCGCGCUCCAGACCUUGAUCCAGUCAGCUGAUCCUGGAUCAGACUACAGGAUAGACCGGGCCCUGAACGAAGCCUGUGAGUCUGUUAUCCAGACGGCCUGCAAACACAUCCGCAGCGGGGACCCCAUGAUCCUGUCUUGCCUGAUGGAGCACCUGUAUACAGAGAAGAUGGUGGAGGACUGUGAAAGCAGACUACUGGAGCUGCAGUACUUCAUCUCUAGAGACUGGAAACUGGACCCCAUCCUGUAUAAGAAGUGCCAGGGUGACGCUGCCCGGCUGUGCCACACCCACGGCUGGAAUGAGACCAGCGAGCUGAUGCCACCUGGUGCUGUGUUCUCGUGUCUCUAUCGCCAUGCCUACCGCACCGAGGAGCAGGGACGACGGCUGUCUCGUGACUGUAAGGUAGAGGUACAGAGGAUCCUCCACCAGAGGGCGCUAGAUGUGAAACUAGACCCUGAUCUCCAGAAGCGCUGUUUGACUGACCUGGGGAAGUGGUGUAGUGACAAGACUGGCACGGGACAGGAGUUGGAGUGUCUGCAGGACCACCUGGAAGACCUGCUGUCAGGGUGUGGAGAGGUGGUGGGCAACCUGACAGAGCUGCAGUCUGAGGACAUUCAUAUUGAGGCCCUGCUGAUCCGGGCCUGUCAGCCUGUCAUCCAGUCUCACUGCCAUGAUGUAUCUGAUAACCAGGUGGAUACAGGGGAUGUGAUGGAGUGUCUGGUUCAGAACAAACACCAGAAGGAGAUGAACAGCAAGUGUACCGUAGGAGUAACACACUUCCAGCUGAUCCAGAUGAAGGACUUUCGUUUCUCCUACAAAUUCAAGAUGGCGUGUAAAGAGGACGUGCUCAAGCUCUGCCCCAACAUCAAGAAGAAGGUGGAUGUAGUGAUCUGUCUCAGUACUACAGUGAGGAAUGACACUCUGCAGGACGUCAAGGAGCAGCGUGUCUCUCUCAAGUGUCGGAAACAACUCAGAGUAGAGGAGCUGGAGAUGUCAGAGGAUAUUCGUCUGGAACCUGAGUUGUAUGACGUGUGUAAGACGGACAUCGGGCGGCUCUGCUCCAACGUGGUGUUCGGUAACGCUCAGAUGAUGGAGUGUUUAAAGGAGAGGAAGAAGCAGCUGUCUCAGCAGUGUCACCAGAGGGUGUUUAAACUACAGGAGGGAGAGAUGCUGGAUCCAGAACUGGACUACCAGCUCAUGAGGGUCUGCAAGCAGAUGAUUAAGCGGUUCUGUACAGAUGUGGAUGCUAAGAACAUGCUGCAGUGUCUGAAACAGAACAAGAACUCUGAACUGAUGGAUCCCAAGUGUAAACAGAUGAUCACCAAGAGACAGAUCACACAGAACACAGACUACAGGUUGAACCCAAUAUUGAGAAAGGCCUGUAAGGCAGACAUCCCUAAAUUCUGUCAGCCAAUCCUGAACAAGGCCAGUGAUGACAGUGAACUGGAGGGCCAGGUGAUUGGUUGCCUGAAGCUGAAAUACGCCGACCAGCGUCUGUCUCCAGACUGUGAGGACCAGAUCAGAGACUGGAUUCUUCAGAGUCUGCUGAGGAGGUGA